UGAUUGGAAGUGGUUCACUGAGCACAGCUUUGCUGGCUUUGCCUUGGCGGGAUGAAGAUGUCCAAGUCCAACGAAGGGCUGCCACUCGAGGUGCGUAAGAAGGAUGACGAGCCAACCCUGGACGAUCCCAAAGGCGAAGGAACCGAAGGUGGCGGGAUGGACCACGGAAACGCUGCGGCGAAGGUUGCACCCACCCAAGGUUUCGCCUGUUCGAAUGAUCUGCCCGAUGGAUCGCCAGAUCAUUUGGAGGCAUUUUUGCACAGCAAUAUGUGCCAGGUCCAUGGCUGCUUUGGACAGGCAGUGCUGCUUUCGCCCCCGAAACCACUUGGACCUCCGCGUGGUGAUUGCGGCAAGCGUGACUCGCACCACCUGCGUCAGCGUCGAAAAACACUACAGUUGAUGCGAAGCGUCAGCUGUGAUGUUUGUGGCCGGAUAGCUUCAGGGAUCCGCAUGGUGGGCUGUACGCAUGCAGAGGCAGUGCCGAAGAUUUGCGAGGACCGGACCUUGAAAAUUUGCAAUGCAAUAGCUUGGUCGCACACAGUGGAGGAGCUAGUGGGCUGCGAAUUUGCUCGAACUCGUACCUGCAACCGCAACAACGACAAGUGCAAUGCAUGCCAUUGCUUCACCCUCCAACAGCGGGAGAAUGUCAAAGUGAGGCGACAUGGCAGGUCAGAGAAGGCCAAAAAGAAUGAACGGAAAUUUAUGGAGGAGGAAGAAUUGAGGAUGCAGAAAGUGGAGGGCAUCCCUAGGCUGCAGAAGUCUUUGAUCCAAGCCUGUGGCGGCAGAAAGAGUGUCAUUGAGUUCCCAAUUUCGCUGGAGCCCGAAAGCGAAUGAGAAGCCAAAGCUUGGUUUACCCGGGUUCCCAGCAACUGAGAGCUCAGAAACUGCAUUUGUCGAGGGUGCGAAAGAUUUU